CGCGACCGCCGAAAUCGGUCGGCGCGGACUUGGACAGGUGCGCGAGUGACCACGGCACCCCUCCUAUCACCGUGUUAUCACUGUCGGCUGCGCGCGACCACCCCCGCAAAGGUGUUCCAUGAUUGCACUCCGCGUCGCGACAAGUGGAUGGGUCUCGACACCUUGGAUCGCCCGAUAUCGCAAGUACCGACGAUCCCAUGAAUUAGUUACUUGCUACAUUAAGAAAGGAAGAGGAGCCAUCCGAUAUACGCGAGUCGACAUACGAUGCACUCGUGAAUCAUCCCGUGCCAUUAUGUAACGGUGAAUUUCUCCGUUUCCGUCGGUGCAUACGCCAAGUGCAGUCGAAAUUGUCUGAAAUCGCGCCGAGAGAGAGAGAGAGAGAGAGAGAGAGAGAGAGAGAGUUUGCAGAUUCAUGGAAUCGUGAUCAGCUCUGAAGACAUUGAAUCGUUUGAACAAGGAAGGCGAGGCGCUUGCCCUUCAAGAUGAUCUCACAACGCACCCUACCUUGGCCUUAAUGCGGCGCAUCCUUGCAGAUGCACAGGCAAAAUUCCGCGUGAUGGUGGAGGAGAACGCAGCAACCGGCGCCCGGCUGGAUGGCGAGCUGGAACGCGCUAGGGGCGAGUGCGCCACACUUCGGGGCGAAUUACGCGACGUUCGUGGCGCCUUACCAAUCGUACUGAAUAAUAACAACGCCGGCAAUGGCAGCUCUAACAGUAACAACAAUUCUGGUACAGCAACCAGUGUUUCCAGUGGCAACGCGAACCCCGGCCAGGAAGCCGAGACUCAGCAACAGGCUCAACAGGAAGAUGGCAAACGGCUUAGCGCUGGCAGCAGCCCCAUCGAGAAGAGAAGCUCGGCCAGUGAUAAAUCCGCCAGUCCCAUCGACAAACGGACUAGCCCGGUAGACAGGAAAGAUAGAACCAGCCCUAUCGAGCGGCGAGCCAGUCCCAUAGAACGAAGAAAUGGCUCGCCCUGUCGAAGUCCGAGCGAGAAAGCUCGCCGACCGUACGCCCCCGCUUUGGAGAAAACACGGCUGGGUGGAUCCGGAGGUAGUGUGGAUUCUCGAUCGGGUAGCGCCAGCCCGGAUCGGGGAUCGACGAACCGAAGCGGCUUCCUCCACCGUGGUGGCAGCGACCGUUCCAGCGUGGAACGGCUCCGGAUAUCGACUAACCGCGACUCCUUGCGGUCCAACAAGGAGAUGAACGACCACGACCAAAAAGAUGUUGAUAAGGAUCUAGUGGAUGGUGAUGCUCGAGGCGAUGAGGACAAUGAACCUCCUGGACCAGCACCAGGCAGCAGACCAUCAUCCCCAGCUAAUUCCCUCGGAAUCGGCGACCCGGUGGUGGCGUCUAGACUAUCCAAUAUUCAUGGCGGUGGACACGCGGAGCUAGCCAGUGCCAGAAGAUUGCGACUGGAGAACGAACGCUUGGUAGCCGAGGUCGCGAGGUUGAGAAGGUUGUUGCUGAGCGGUGCAGCGCGUGGCGAGGUCGGUGCCGAGGAUGCCGCAAUGGAGGAAGAGGCGCGCUUUGUCGCUCUAGAAAUGGAAUUGCAGCACGCGAAGGAAGCACUCCAGGCCUUGAAGGCCGAUCGGAAGCGUCUCAAAGCGGAGAAGUUCGAUCUUCUCAAUCAGAUGAAGGCGCUGUAUGGCACCCUCGAGGACAAAGAGCGUGAACUCCGCGAUUUUAUCCGAAAUUACGAACAGCGGAUGCGGGAGAACGAGGCGACCCUGGGACGUCUUCAGCAGCAAGGAGCUAGCAUGCCUUCGGAGGAACGCGAACGGGAAAGGGAGAGGGAACGCUGGAGUCUUCUAAGGGCAGCGAGAGACGAGGCCGAUCGAAGUCUCAGCCUCGCGGCUAGUUUGGCCGACAAAGAAGCAGCCCUUUCGCACGCACACGCGACCAUAAAAGAGCUGCAACGUCAGCUGACAGAACGCGGCGGUGGCGGUGGCGGGGUUUGUCUGAGCGAUCAGGAGUCCCUGGUAUCGUUUCCGCGAGGCAGCGUGAACGGUGCUGCGACGCCUGGAGCCGGCAGCAGCAGCGGCGGCGGCGGCGGCGGUGGCGGUGGCGGUAGCUGCGGCAUUAUUCCUCAUGUGAAUUCCCAGCCACCCUUGGGCACCGAGCUCGGCAUGUCCGUGGGUAACGUGGGCGGUGGACCGGGUGCAGGAGGAUCCUCCGGCGGCCAGGCCGGCGAUCGUGGCAGCUGCAGCGCAGACAGCGGCGUCCGCGGGUCCAGCGAUCGCGAGAGUGGUGGUGCAACUAGCGUCGGCGGAAAUCUCUCGGAUUCUACGACGGAUGGCACGCCGACAAUUACGGUCGAGGGCAGCGGUCUCGACAUGGACAGCAUCUCUGUGGUAUCCUCCGUAGCACCACCCCACAUAUACCAAUCUGCGACUACACCGAAGGACUGCAGCCCAACACUGUCGCCGCUGAACGCAUUUUCAAGGUCUAUGGACAAUUCCUCGCUAUCGCGAUCGGUCGAGCAGUUAUCCAGCCCGCUGGAAUCCGAACCGAGGAGGAACAAGCAGCCACCACCUGUCGUUGCACCUGCCGCGCAUUCGCGAUCGUCCGCCACUCGCGGCGGCACAUGGGGAUCCAUUUCAAGAGUAUUCGCCCGUUCGCGACAUCGGAAGACGGCAAACAGUUCCAGCGGUGGCAGCGGUGGUAACGAGGGCUCGGAUGGCUUUGAUCCAUAUCGAUCGUGGUCACCGCUCACCGAGGAGGGUUACGCCGAGAAACUUCGUUUACUGCGAGAAGCAGCCUCUGUGCCCAUGGAGCGAUGGCGAGCCCCGACCGUUUUAGCCUGGUUAGAGGUGGCUCUCGGGAUGCCACAGUAUGGUCCACGAUGUGCUGAGAAUGUCAAAUCGGGCAAGGUUCUACUUGAACUAAAUGACGCCGAACUGGAGGCCGGUUUAGGCGUAACUCAUCCGCUUCACCGAAAAAAGCUGCGUUUAGCCAUCGAGGAACAUCGACACCCAAGUCACGUACGAUAUCCAUGUAUCGCUCAGUUAGGUCAUACUUGGGUGAGCUCUGAAUGGUUGCCAGAUCUCGGCUUGGCCCAGUAUUCAGAAAGUUUCGCUACUAAUAUGGUGGACGCACGUAUGCUGGACCAGCUGAGCAAGAAGGAGCUUGAGAAACUGCUCGGAGUUACGAGGAAGUUUCACCAGGCUAGCAUUGUUCAUGGUAUUCACUUGCUGCGGAUGCUAAACUACGAUCGACAGGCUCUCGCUGUCAGGAGACAUCAAUGUGAACAGGUCGACACAGAUCCUUUAGUCUGGACGAAUCAAAGGUUCAUUCGGUGGGCGAGGAAUAUCGAUCUCACGGAAUAUGCCGAGAAUUUGAAAGAUUCCGGUGUGCACGGUGCUCUGGUUGUAUUAGAACCGUCGUUCACCGGUGACACUAUGGCCACCGCCUUGGGUAUACCCCCGGCGAAGCACAUGAUUAGACGACAUCUCACCGCCGAAUUAGAAGCGCUCGUUCUACCAGCAAGAAGUCAGCUGGAGGUGGUCCCGAGGAACAGCAUCGGCGGGAGUGGCCGUCCGAUGAGCACCGCGAGCGCGGGGGGUAGUCUUGGUCGUGGAAGCAGGGCGCUGCACCUACAGCAUCACCAGAGUUCGUUGUCUGCCCUUCACAUGACGGCGAAUCACACCGGCACCGUCGACAGACGCAGAUCCAGCCUCAGGACCUGCAGUCUUCUUUACUUGAAAAAGUUGUCGUGGAGGAGCUCACAGGGAUCCCUGAGCAGAGCAUUCGGUCUCCGGCCUAGAAGCGAGAAGGCAUCACCAUCAUCGUCUUCAGACACCGGGAGCCUCGUCAGUCAAUGCCAGUACAUGAGUAGCAGCGUUCGCAGCAACUCGCCACCACCGCCACAACUUCCGCCGCGGCCGAUGUCAACUGGCAGCGGCAAGCGGCAUCGACGAGUGAAAAGCAUCGGUGACAUCGAGUACAUAAGCUCAGCCGCGGUCAGCACCCCAGUCUGACAGGAGGGUAGGCCCCAUCACUCGGGGCCUUACCGCAGUCUGAGCGAACGCGGUUACUCCUCUUCCUCGUACUCGUCGUCUCAAUA